GCAGACUGGUUAGGCGCUUGAUUCCAGUUGUGUUAAUUUUUAGUAUUUAUAACUCGUGACAAAGUUCUUUUUAGUUUUAAUGAUAAUUUAAAAAGGCCGCAACUUAUCACGAUCUUUAAAAUGGGUUUUCAUUUUCAUUUUGAUAUUUUGCUACUCAUUUUACUCAUAACUCUAAUAGCUCCAUUUUGCAUUGCGGCUGAACAAAAAAUUGUAAAAGAUGAAACUGUCAAUGCUGGUGAAAUUCGAAUUUUUAAACGUCUUAUUCCUGCGGAUGUUCUGAGAGAUUUUCCGGCGAUGUGCUUUGCUUCCACUCGAUGUGCUACUGUUGAGCCAGGGAAAUCCUGGGACUUAACUCCUUUCUGCGGUCGAUCUACUUGCGUACAAAAUGAGGAAAAUGAAACGAAGCUUUUGGAACUCGUAGAAGACUGUGGCCCAUUGCCUUUGGCGAAUGAAAAAUGUAAAUUGGACACUGAGAGGACAAAUAAAACGGCUUCGUUUCCUUAUUGCUGCCCCAUCUUUACAUGUGAGCCUGGAAUUAAAUUGGAAUAUCCCGAGGUUGGAAAGGAUAAUGACAAAAAAAAUGUUGAGUGAUUUACAACAAAA